UGUUUGCUGCUCAAGCGGGCAUCCUUUGGCAGUCCUCCUCCUCCUCCUCCUCCUCCUGGCACCUUUCUGAAGAAUCCGCUUCAACUGCAACUGAAAAUGUUGCCAGACCUCAGGAUUUCCCUGCUGCUUUCCCUUCUGCAUGGACUGCUGUUGCUUCAAGGUCAUGCGAAGGAACUGCGGCUGAUGAAACCGGAGUUAAACUUGAACAGUGACCAUAUUACAGUUGCUGCCGGAAAGCCUUUCACAAUCACUUGCCGGGGCUCGCCUGGUUUGACUUGGAUCUGGAGAAAUGACCAGUACAAGGAUGGCAAUCGGUGGCAGGUAUUCGAAAAGAAAUGCCCAGACAGGUCACAUCACACCUGCAGCACCCUUGUGGUCAACCGAGCUGUUGCCAAUGACACAAGCUACUUCACCUGCCUUUACAGUGACCUUCCAUCAAACAAAGAACUCAAGGCCAAGUUAUACGUUUUCGUCAGAGAUAACACACAGCCUUUUGUAGACUUCCGCCCAAGUGUUCCUGAUGUUAUCUUCGUACACAAUGCUACAGAAGUGAUCGUGCCUUGCCGGGUCACCUCGCCGGAUAUCACACCAACGCUCCUGCUGCAUCCUUCCAGCAGUGCUGUGAGGUCUGUGAAGAUGGAAUGGGACCCCAAGAGAGGAUUUGUGGUCACUUUGCCCUCCUAUGAGUUCUUCAGUGGCAUGCUCAAGUGUGUUGCUACGGUCAGGGGAGACGAAUACACAUCCUACUAUGUGCCACAGAAAGUAGAGACAAGGAUACAGAACCUGGUUCUCAAAACAAGUCCCCAGAAGCUGCUGGUUGGAGACAACCUUAACCUGGAAUGCAGAGCGGAGACAUUUUUCAAUGGACGCAUUGAAUUUGUAUGGACAAUUCCUGGAAGGACUGAAACCAAGGUUGAAAAUAUAUACGACCGAAGUGAGUCAGUCUAUAAAGCUUCUUCUCAUGUGGUCAUCAAGAAUGUUACAAUGGAAAACAGAGGGUUGUAUGUAUGCAGAGGCAUAAUUGCCAAUAUAACACAAUUAAAAUCAGAGGCCAACAUCACUGUAUACAGGGAAGCUUUCAUCAAAGUUUCCUUUAAGAAAAUCAACCCCUAUGAAGUUAUCGAAGGGCAAAAGAUGUUGAAAUUGUCUUGGAAGGUUCAAGCUGUCCCCCGCCCUAUAGUGACCUGGUACAAGGAUGGCAAGAAGCUGACCAAUUCGAACAGUGACUGCUAUGAACUAGAUCCAGUGAAGUACAGGCUUAUCAUAAGGGACGUGAAACCAAAGCAUGCUGGGAAUUACACCAUAACCCUGAGCAACACUAAGCAUAAUCUCCAUGAACAACACACUGUCGAGCUGGAUGUAUUAGAGAGACCCAGGAUUUAUGAAAAGGAGACAGAUUUUUCUAAAAUGGAGCUGGUCACAAAAGGAGGAGAGCAGAGCCUCCAGUGCACAUCAAGUGGGAACCCUCUGCCCACCAUACAUUGGGAAUGGGAGCCAUGCAGUCAUGAAGACAACCUAUGCAAGCAACGAGGGAAAAGGAUCAAGGUGGAAGAAACCAUUGGCCAUGAAAUCACCUACCCAGCAAAUAAAAUCAAGUCCAUUGAACCUAAGUACAUAAGACAUGGCAAUAAAUUAAAGAUCAUAAGCACCCUGGAAACCACAGCAAGCAAUGUCUCUGGGGUCUAUUUCUGUGUGGCUUCCAACAAGGUUGGCACAGAAGAAAGAAGCAUUAGAUUCUAUGUCUCAGAUGUGCCAUCCCAACUACAGACUGAGCCACAAAUCACAGCCAUUGUAGCAAGCAAUGUCCAGUUGACCUGCAAGUCCUCCAAGUACAUCUACAACCACCUCUCUUGGUACAACCCCACCUUGCAGGCCAUUCCUGAUGCUUUGAUGCAGAAGAAGGUGGACAACUAUUCAAUCUACUUGACAUUGGGCCUUAAGAAUGUCUCGCAGGCCCACGCUGGCCUAUACAGGUGCAGAGCUCGAAGCCACCCAAAUAGCACUGAGGGGCUGGAGAAAAACACCAUGCUCAACAUCAAAGUUAAGACUGUGCCUUACAUUAUGGAGAACUUCACAGACUUCGAAGUUAAUGUUAGUGGGAAAAUUGUUCUGGAGUGCAAAGUGAAUGGGACACCCAAACCCACAAUUGCUUGGCUGAAAAAUGGCUAUCCAAUUGCGCCUGCUUCAGGAAUUUCCAUGGAAAACAACACCCUGGUGAUUGAGCGAGUGAAAAAGGACGAUGAGGGUCACUAUAAGUGCAAGGCCAUCAAUGAAAUGGGCCAAGACAGCACCCAGGCAUUUAUUAAAAUAGAAGGCUCCGAGGAAAAGUCCAACAUUGAAGUAAUCAUUUUGGUUUGCACUGGUUUAGCAGCCACCCUCUUCUGGCUCCUCCUCACCCUCUUCAUACGGAAACUGAGAAAACCAGAUGCCACAGAUAUUAAAACAGGAUACUUGUCAAUCAUAAUGGAUCCUGAGGAGAUGCCGCUUGAUGAGCAGUGCGAGCGUCUCCCAUAUGACAGCAGCAAGUGGGAAUUCCCAAGGGACCGUCUGCGGCUGGGUAAAACUCUGGGUCAUGGUGCUUUUGGGAAAGUGGUGGAGGCAUCUGCUUUUGGCAUAGAUAAAUCUUCAACCUGCAAAACUGUCGCUGUUAAAAUGCUUAAAGCAGAGUGCUCAACGACCAACGAGCGCAAGGCUUUGAUGUCUGAACUGAAGAUCCUCAUUCAUAUUGGACACCACCUGAAUGUCGUCAACCUGUUGGGUGCCUGCACCAAGCCAGGAGGUCCUUUGAUGGUCAUUGUAGAAUACUGCAAGUAUGGAAAUCUGUCUAAUUACCUACGAGGAAAACGAGGAGACUUCAUCGCAUGCAAGCCUCAGGAAAAUCCAGACCCUGCAGAGAAAGAGCUGGAAGCAUACAUCAGUGAUUUAACAGAACUGAUCAAGAGGCGCCUGGAGAGCGUGGCAAGCACAGGAAGCUCUGCAAGCUCAGGAUUCAUUGAAGACAAGAGUUACACAGACUCAGAAGAAGAGGAGGAAGAUGUUGAAGAUCUCUACAAGCGCCCCCUGACCUUGGAGGACUUGAUUUGCUACAGCUUCCAGGUCGCCAAAGGCAUGGAGUUCUUGGCCUCCAGGAAAUGCAUUCACAGGGAUCUGGCAGCCAGGAACAUCCUGCUGUCUGAAAACAAUGUGGUGAAGAUCUGUGACUUUGGAUUGGCCAGAGAUAUUUACAAAGAUCCCGACUAUGUGCGGAAAGGCGACGCGAGACUUCCUCUGAAAUGGAUGGCUCCAGAAGCUAUUUUUGACAAAAUUUACACCACUCAGAGUGAUGUUUGGUCUUUUGGUGUGUUGCUGUGGGAAAUAUUUUCUCUAGGGGCGACACCAUAUCCAGGUGUGCAGAUUGAUGAGGACUUCUGUCGACGCCUCAAGGAAGGGACAAGGAUGAGAUCACCAGAGUAUUCAACUCCAGAAAUCUACAAGACCAUGCUGGAUUGCUGGCACGGAGUCCCGACAGAGAGGCCCACCUUCUCCGAACUUGUGGAACGUUUAGGAGACUUGCUCCAGGCAAAUGUUCAACAGGAUGGGAAAGACUACAUCCCACUGAACAUUACGUUGUGCCCAGAUGGAGAUUCCAAACCCAAAAUCAGCAUCCUUGAAGAGAAUGUGAGGAAGGGUUUUCAUCGCUGGAGUACACUGGAAGCCUAUAUUAACCCCAAGAAUCGGCCACUCAGUGUGAAAACAUUUGAUGAGGUGUCAGUGAAGAAAGAAAAAAGAUUGCAUGAGGAAUGCGAGUCAGAUAGUGGGAUGGUGCUGACUUUGGAUGAAAUAAAAAGCCGGAAGAGAUUGGAGAUUCGUUCUUGGCCUUAUGGAAUCAUGGCUCUGGCGAGAAAGGCCAUCAACAAGAGCAAAGAGUCUGUAUUCUCAGAGAACGAGCGCAAGGCUGUGAAGUACCUGUCAGCAACACAGGUGAACGAUGCCGUCCAGGAACAGUAUGUUCUCCUGCCAGUCGAUCCCACCCUGGAGUGCCACAGCCCACCUCCUGACUACAACUCAGUAAUUCAGUACUCUGCUCCUCCAGUGUAACUGGCUCAGGGCUGAUCCUCUUCAUUUUACACAUCUUCGACCAUACAGUAUAUUCAUCAGGCUUCCUAUUUGUGCUGCCUGCUUAAUGGAACCAGUGUGGUGUGUUUUUCAUGCAAAAAAGGGGGGAUAAGAGAUCACACUCUUAUCCAGGUCCAUCUGUCUAAGGUAUUAAACCCCCAAAGCAGGUAGAAGUCCUUUGAAGAGCAGCUGUCUUAAAGGGUAUAUUUCUGCUGAUCUAGCUCUUAUUUUCUAACCUUCUGCACAGCAAAUUUGUUUAAA